AUGAGUAACUACAACCAAGGAGGCUACAAUAACAAUAAUUAUGGUUAUGAUAACUCAAAUCCAUAUCAAGAAAACUACGAGUUAAACAAUUACCAAAAUACAAAUUCAACUGGUGGUGCUGAUGAUUUCGUUCAAUUUAUGAAUCAAAUUUCAGAUAUCAACAAUGAUUUAGAUAACUAUAGUCAAUUGAUUGAACUAAUUGAAUUCAACCAAAAGAAAAUCUUGAACGAAAUCAAUGAAGAACAAGAAUUAGCCACAAGAAAACAAUUGGAUGGUUUAAUCGCUCAAGCUUCCUCUUUACAACAAACUUUAAAAGCCAAAAUUAAAGAUGCUCAAUAUAAAGCUGGUAAAGAUUCAGCUAAAAAAGCUCAAGCUGAAAACUCAAGACAAAGAUUUUUAAAAUUAAUUCAAGAUUAUAGAGUUGUUGAAGCUAAUUACAGAGAUCAAAAUAAAAAACAAGCUGCAAGACAAUAUAGAAUUGUUCAACCAGAAGCUACUGAUGCUGAAGUUGAUAAUGCCAUUAGUGAUGUUGGUGGUCAACAAAUCUUUUCUCAAGCCAUCUUAAAUGCCACAAGACAAGGUGAAGCUAAAACUGCAUUAGCUGAAGUUCAAAGUAGACAUAGAGAAUUACAAAGAUUAGAGAAAACUAUGGCUGAAUUAACUCAAUUAUUCCAUGAUAUGGAAGAAUUAGUUGCUGAACAAAACGUCCAAGUUGAAAAUGUCAACACUGAAGUUGAAGGUGCUCAAAAAGAUAUUGAAUUAGGUGUUGGUCAUACAAACAAAGCUGUUGAUAGUGCUAGAAAAGCAAGAAAGAAGAAGUGUUGGUGUAUCAUUAUCUUAAUCAUUGUUAUUAUCAUUGCUGCUGCUGCAAUUGCAGGUGGUAUUGCAGGUAAAUUUGCCCCAAAGAAUAAUUAA